CAAAACGUUCUCGUUAUCUCCUCGGGUAUCCAUCCCUGGCCGCAUUCAUCGCGAGUGACCGAGAUUACACUUCCGCAAUUUGCAAGCGCUUCAACCGUUUGGCCGCACGCAACCUGCUUCAUUUGCAGAGUGAGCUAGCUGAACUUCAAGCGCAGCAGGAUGAGCUAGAUAGAGCGGAGCGGUCCGGUGGCCGAGCUGUCAAACAGUUCUCCCGGAACUGGCCUGACUUCUGCGCCGCCGCCCUGUCUGACGAUAGGCAAAAGCAAAGAAAGAUCCUAGCCGAUACCAUCCAUUCGGUGCUGAAGGAAUAUAGAGAGGCCCUAGUCUUCGAAAGCCACCUUGCAACCCUUCCGCGUCCGCCGAAGAGUACUCUCCAAGCCUUCCGAUGCCACUUCUUCAACGGCGAUCCGAAGUUUGGUUUCCCGACCCUAGGGGCCAAUAGCGCAAGUCUGUUUGAUGAUCCAGAUGACCUGGUCGUCCUGGGCGUCCACGAAGAUCGAGAUCGGCUCACAGCUUUCGUGCAAGACCGUCUUGCCUGGAUAUUUCAGACUAAGGCAAGCGAUGGCAAUAUUGCCUACGUCUCUGACCGUCGCAUUGCUGGCUUUGUUGCCAUUCUCAGCACCGUCAAUGCCGCUGCUCUCCUGAUUGGUGGCAUUGUCAGCUUGUAUUCCGUCUCUUCCUCAAGGAAAAAGCUCGGUAUCAUAGCUGUCUUUACUACGCUUUUUGCGAUCAAUGUCGGCGUGUUGACAAACGCUCGGCGCGCGGAGCUGUUUGCAGCAAGUGCUGGGUACGCGGCCGUGCUUGUGGUGUUUGUUAGCGGCAACUUGGGCGUGACGGGGACUGCGAACGUGGGAGCGUAGCUAAGAAAGGUAGGCCGUGGCACGAUUUCGUGGGUGCAAUAUAUCAUUUUUC